AUGGCUGCUUCUCAAAAUGACAUCAUUGACAUCUCGGCUUCCUCUCAACUCCACAAUGUCAAUAUGUCGAAUGUGACUAAACUCACGGCCUCCAACUUUUUGAUGUGGGAUCGUCAAGUUCGUGCCCUGUUAGCUGGUUAUGGGCUUGCAAGCUAUCUUGAUAGCACCGUCGCUCCACCGGAUCCCACCAUUCAAGUCAAUGACGUCUCUAAAGAGAAUCCAAAAUAUGUUCUUUGGCAGUGCCAAGAUCAGCUUCUCUACUCUAGUCUCUUGGGUGCCAUCUCCAUUGAUGUUCAGCCGAUCUUAUCCAAAGCCGACACCUCUGCUCAGAUUUGGCAGAUCCUCUCCUCUACGUAUGCUAAACCAAGCUGGGGCCACAUCAAACAAAUCCGAGAACAAAUCAAGCAAUGGAAGAAAGGCACCAGAACUGUCGAUGCAUACGUUCAAGGCUUCACUACGAGAUUCGAUCAACUUGCCUUGCUUGGGAAACCUUAUGAGCAUGAAGAACAGAUUGACUACAUUCUCAGCGGGCUUCCUGAGGAUUAUAAGCCGGUUAUUGACCAGAUCGAUGGUCGCGACACUCCACCCUCUUUAACAGAGCUUCACGAGAAACUCAUUAACUUUGAGUUGAAGCCCCAAAUGCAAGUCUCUAUUUCAUCCUCGAUACCGGUGACUGCAAAUGCUGCUUUUCAUAAGNAUAAAGUGACAGUUGUAGGCUUAGUUUCAAAAAUCUAUAUGAUCCCAAUAACUUCUUCAACUUCCCUUCCUUGCACAAUGCAUCAAAACACUCUUUGA